AUGAAGCUCCUCUACCCCACCUCCCUCAAGCUCGACGUGCAGAGCCUCGAGGGCUUCUCCGUCGAGCUGUACCCCUACGACGUCGCCAAGCCGUUCCCCGACGAGCAUGUCGACGCCGAGAUUCUCGUGACGUGGACCAACACGGCCGCCAACUUGAAGGACGGCGCCCAGCGCCUGACCAAGCUGCGCUGGAUCCAGUCGCUGGCCGCCGGCCCCAACGACGUGCUCAGCGCCGGCUUUGAUGCCUCCAAGAUUGCCGUGACGACCGGGUCGGGCCUGCACGACCACACCGUCGCCGAGCACACGCUGGGCCUGCUGCUGCCCGACCGCCCGGCCGGCAAGUUCACGACGCUGCGCGACGCCAACGUUGUUGUGUGGGGCUUUGGCAACAUUGCCAAGCGGCUGACGCCGCUGCUGGUGGCGCUGGGUGCGCACGUCAAGGGCGUGGCGCGCUCGGCGGGCGUGCGCGACGGCAUCGAGGUCGUCGGCGAGGACCAGCUGCCGGCCGUGCUCCCCACGACGGACGCGCUCGUGAUGAUCCUGCCCGGCAGCGACGCGACGCGCAACGCGCUGAGCGCCGAGCGCAUCAAGCUGCUGCCCGCGCACGCGUGGGUUGUCAACGUGGGCCGCGGCACGAGCGUCGACGAGGCGGCUCUGGCAAAGGCGCUCAACGAGGGCCGGCUGGGCGGUGCGGCGCUGGACGUGUUUGAGACGGAGCCAUUGCCCGCGGCGAGCGAGCUGUGGAAGGCCAAGAACCUGGUGGUGUCGCCGCACGCGGCGGGCGGCCGGCCGCAGGGCGCAGAGGCGCUGAUUGCCGACAACCUGCGGCGGUUCCGGGCCGGACAGCCGCUGAAGAAUGUGAUAUAG